CCGAGGAACCAGCCCCCUGUCUGCCAGCUCAGCUGACAACAGCAGCACCUCGGAAACCAGAUAAUGAUGGCAGACUCUGGAAGUAACGAAGCAGUGGCUGUAAUCGGUAACACCGAUAUCACUUCAACGGAAUCCGAAAACAACUUAAUAAACACGAUGGUGGAAAGAGGAUCAUCUCUGUUAAUAAAACUGGAGAUCAGUGUUUCAGAGGCAGAAAAGAGAACAGGGAAGAACACGGUUAACAUGCAGGAAACCUACACGGUCUAUCUCAUAGAAACACGUCCAGCUGAGUCUGUCCCAGAGGGAAGUACACCUGCAGCACCUGACACCCUGUGGAGACGCUAUAGUGAGUUUGAGCUGCUCAGAACGUAUCUCCUGGUCACCUACUCAUACAUCAUCAUCCCCCCUCUACCAGAGAAAAGGGCCGAGUUUGUGUGGCACAAGCUGACAGCAGACAACCUGGACCCCGAUUUCGUCGAGAGACGGCGAGUUGGUCUGGAAAACUUCUUGCUGCGAGUUGCAUCACAUCCUGUCCUUUCCAAUGACAAAAUCUUCUUCCUCUUUCUGACGGAGGAGAAGGGAUGGAGGGAGGCUGUUUUGGAGACAGGUUUCCAAGACAAGGUUGACUCCAGACUGAAGUCUCUGAGUGCGAGUUUCAGAGUCAAGAACCCUGACAAGCGAUUCACAGCAUUGAAACAGUACAGUGAUGAAUUGAACACUGUUAUCACUCAGUUACUGAGGGUGCGGGCGAGAGUAGCAGACAGGCUGUAUGGAGUUUACAAGGUCCAUGGUAACUAUGGCCGAGUGUUCAGUGAGUGGAGUGCGAUAGAGAAAGAGAUGGGCGACGGUCUACAGAGUGCUGGCCACCACAUGGACACGUAUGCUGCAUCAAUAGACGACAUUUUGGAGGAAGAAGAGCAUUACGCAGACCAACUGAAAGAAUACCUCUACUACACCGAAGCUGUCAGGUCAGUGUGCAGGAAGCAUGAGUUGGUCCAGUAUGAGUUGGAGAUGGAAGCUCUGGAUCUUGCACAUAAGAAACAGCAGAAAGAAGAGCUGGCUACAGGGACGGUGCGAGUGUUUUCCCUGAAGGGGAUGACCAGUAAGCUGUUUGGCCAUGAGAGCCCAGAGCAGAGGGAGAGCAGGCUGGCAGCCUUGGAGCAGAGUAUCCAGGAGGGAGAGCAAACGCUGAAGGAGAAGAACACAGAGUGCCAAGAGUUUGUGCGAGCUGCCUGGGAAGACAUCGAGCGCUUCAAGGAGCAGAAGGACAAUGAUUUGCGGGAAGCUCUAAUCAGCUAUGCCAUUAUGCAGAUCAGCAUGUGUAAGAAGGGAAUCCAGGUGUGGUCCAAUGCCAAGGAGUGUUUCAACAAAAUGUGAGCCACUUCGCAGCCAAUCACUCUCCUGCACCAAAGCAAUAGUCAGACAGAUUGUUCAGAGUGGGACCUGUAGUCUUAUGGAGAAAUUCUGACUUCAUUUCCUUUUGCUACACAGAUUUGAAGCCACUUGACAGGACUCUAUCACAUUUUCUCUCUCGCAACAUGCGCGCGCACACACACACACACACACACACACACACACACACAAUUCACACAAACGUUUCCAAACCUUUAAGAUCCCUGUGUGGUAUUCAGAUACGAUUCUGCGCAAAAUUCACAAUGCAGAUGAUUCAAAUGAACAAAUGUCCAUCUUUUGCUGCAAAUCUGGCAGCAUGUCCAAGAGGAAAAUCCUAAUGUGUGAUAACUACCCAGUAGGAAUAGCUGUGUAGUUUAUUUCAGUUCUUAUACUUAAAGGUCUUAUCUCUUAAAAAGGAAGGUGAUGGAGUGAGAGCUAGUGGUUCAUAUAAAACUGCAACAAUUAGAAGUCUGAGUUCAAACAUUUUGAAAGAAGGCCGGAUUAAGAACUUUUUUUUUUGUACAUCAGUGACCAUCAUUCAGCCUGUUUGGUCUAAUUUUACACUUUAAAA